AAGAGCGCCGUCAGUUGACAAGGGUAGCACAAGCAGUCACUUUGAAAGAAAGUGUUUUUCAUGAGGCUCAUUUGCCUUGUUGAGUGACAAGAGACGAUACUUACAAAAAGACUACGUAUCGAGUCAUUAUUGUUGUUGAUAAUCAUAUAGAAAGUACAUAUUCUUUGAGCAACAUUAUAAAUGUUUUUCGGAGAUUGUGAAAAUUAAAAUUAAAGUCAAUUAGCACAUCGAUUAAUUAAUUAACGAUAGUUAAUUGUAAUUGUACAGCUAAAAGUAAUUUUCAAACAACGACAUACGAAUUUGUGCGCGAUAAUCGAUCGAAAUGCUGCACGGACCUGUUGAAGAGAAUAUAAUCUCUAAUAGAAAAAUGGAUUAUUCUUACUUUAAGACGGAAGUCUCGAGACGCAGACGGCCAGCUACAACGCGAGAGCUAACUAAAAUAGCGUAUUCAGCGCCAAAAAGCACCGUUUCUUUGGCAGAGGGAAUGCCCAAUGAAGAUACAUUCCCAUUCACGGAAAUCUCAGUUAAACUUUACGACGGUUCAUCCUUCGUUCUCAACGGGACCGAAUUAGGCGCUGCUCUCCAAUAUAUACCUACGCAAGGUUAUCCUCCUCUCGUACAGGCCCUCAGGGAAUUCCAGAGGAGGGCACACGCGCCACCCUUAUGGGAGAGUCGCGACAUAGUCGUCGUUGCGGGGUCUCAGGAUGGGCUUAGCAAGGUUUUGGAGGCUAUAAUCGGCACUGGUGAUCCGAUUUUAGUCCCCGACUCCUUCUAUCCCGGCGUCGAAAUUGUGGUAGCACCUCACAAAGCGGAAUUUGUAAUAAUCCCACAAGAUGACGAUGGUCCCAUACCGGAAAUGCUCCGAGAAAUUCUAAAGAAUCGUGAGAUUUCCGGUGCAAAAAUGCCGAAAAUAAUGUAUAUAAAUCCUACGGGCACAAAUCCUACUGGCAUCAUUGUGUCUUUGGAACGACGAAAAGAAAUUUACAAAAUAGCUUGCGAAUACAAUUUCUUGAUACUUGACGAUGAUCCUUAUCAUUUUGUGCAUUAUGACCAGGAAGAUCCAAAAUCAUUCUUAUCGCUAGAUACAGAAGGCCGAGUGAUCAGAUUGGAUUCAUUCUCGAAGGUAAUCAGUAGCGGUCUCAGAAUAGGAUUUAUAACCGCCACAACCCCUCUGAUAGCUAGUGUAGAGCUCCAUUUGCAGAGCAGUCAUCUUCACGCUCCUACCUUAUCUCAGGUGAUACUGUAUCAGUUAUUGAAAAUCUGGGGUUAUGACGGCUUAAUGAAACAUUAUAAGAGAUUAAGGUAUUUCUACAAAGAACGAAGGGAUGUUAUUUCAAUGCUGGCACGCAAACAUUUGAACGGUUUGGCAGAUUUCAAUGUGCCAAAAGGUGGAUUCUUCUUAUGGAUAAAAGUACGAGGAAUCGAAAAUACUUGGAAACUUAUGAUGCAGCGAGGUGUCACGAAUGGUGUCAUCAUGACACCAGGCGCUGCAUUUGUGAAAGGUUCUGCGAAACCUUGUAAUGCCAUCAGAGCGAGUUUUUCCAAGGCUUCUUAUGAGGAGAUGAAUCUGGCAAUGAAACGAUUGGCACAGUUAAUUCGGUCAGAGUUAGCAGAAAAUGAUGAAAAAAUUAUAUAGAAAAUGUUGAUACGUGAUAAUACGAUCGAUUUUAAUAUCAAACAUGACUACAUGCAGUAGUCGAUAUUGAGAAUUACUGUCUAUUUUAGUUGGUACUAAAACAAGACUGUGUCGGGAAGAUAUCAAUAAAGUAAGCUGCAUUGCUUAAUCGAUACUAUUCUACCGAACAUCGGUGUAGAAGCGAACUAUAUGUAAGCUCAGAAUGAGUUUCAUACAUUUUAAAGUUUUUAGAACAUAGUCGUUAGUUUCGUCAACAGAGGACAUUGCAUUGCCAAAAGAGUUAUGUAUAGAUUAAGAUUUACUAUAGAAAAGUAUAAUUAAAAAGAUUUUAACUUUGAGAAUAGUUAUUAUAUUACAAUGUACGACAGUGUUGAAUAAUUUU